GAAUUGAACAUUCAAAUACUCUCUCUUUCUCUUUCUCUCUCUAAAUCUUCCUUUGCUUUCUCUCACUAACUACACCCACUCCACUCUCCCUCUCUCGACGUCAAUAACGGGUCUCCAUUAAUACAUACUCUCUCUCACACACAUUAUUUCACCCAUCCAUUCUCAUCCCCACUCCGUUGCUUGCUAACUUCUUCUUCUCUUCUCUUCGCGCCUAUCACGCUCCACCCUAGGGUUUUCUUCUCGAUCUGCAUUUCUUCUUCUUUCAUGUUUCCUCUUCAUUAUGGACAAAAUCAAAUCUCAUCGCACCAAUUCCAAACUUCAUCUUCCUCAAGGGAACGAGCAGAUUCAUAGACAGCGACAAUUUCCCGAUUUAUCUCCUGAUUCUAGCUCUUCCAGUGGUGGGGUUGCAGAGAAAGAUUCGUUCUCAUUUAAAUUUGGGUGGAAAUCUUCUAAACAAUCUGUUGGAACUCCUAUUAAGAAGUUAUUAGCUGAAGAGAUGUCGCCAACAGCCGAAUCCAAGAGAAGAUCCCCUGGUGUUAUAGCCAGAUUGAUGGGUCUUGAUGGGCUUCCAUCUCAGCAGCCUACUAAUAAACAGCACAAAGAUCCACAGAAGGCAAUGCUGUCAGAGAAAACUCGAAGCAGGGGCAUGGCAAAUGAUGGCCGAUCAUCUAGGAGAAGCUCAAGAGAUCAGCAAGAAUUCAAGGAUGUAUUUGAGGUCUCAGAGAUCCCAAAGGCAGAGAGUGGUAGGUAUUCAUCUGCAGAUUUGAAGGUCAAUGAAGCUGAAAUGUCAUUCAUUGAGCAGAAGUUCAUGGAUGCCAAACGCCUUGCAACUUAUCAGGAUUUUCAGUCUUCAAAGGAUUUCCAUGAUACACUUGAGGUUUUGGACUCUAACAAGGAUCUUCUGCUAAAGUACUUUAAGCGGCCAGAUUCUUUGUUCAAAAAGCAUUUGAAUGAUCUGCAGGCUACCCCUCUCCAAUCACAUUCCGGUCAUAUAGAGCCUACCAAUAUUGAGAACUUUGAACAUGAUUUCACUUGGAGGUCGGAUAGGGAGACAGCACAGUUGAAUUACAAAAGAUUUCAUCAGAAGCAUCCCAAUGGUCAUCCUUGCCAAUUUGACAAAAGGCGCGUGAUGCAUAAUUCUCCAAGAUCAUCAAAGCACCACUUUAAGGGUAGCCAUGAACAAGGUGCAGUUGCAACAAAGAUUGUUGUACUAAAACCUAAUAUGGGAAAGUUGCAGACUGGUACAAGAAUUGAAUCAUCACCUUGUUCUCCGCACAAUUUUCUGUCAGAACAUGGAAGUCAUGCUGAAUUUUCAGAUGUCAGAUUUCGAGAUACUGAACUGUAUAAAAAAAUAAAUUUGCCUGACAGUGCCAGAUCUUUUAGGCACAAUUCUUUGGAAUCUAUGGAAAUUGCAAAGGAAGUCACUCGGCAAAUGAGAAACAGUUUGAACAAUGGUUGCACCAUGUCUUCCUCUUCUAGAUUCAAAGGUUACUCUAGAAACGAUAGUUCAAGCAGUGUUUCUGGUAACGAGUCUCCCGAGGAAUCAGAGGAAAUUACUGCAACUUUGGGUGACCCGUUUGACUUGAAUAAACGAAACAGACGGUCACCGCGUUCUAGUGGAUCAUCUGUGAGUAAAGAGGCAAAGAAGAGACUAUCAGAAAGGUGGAAGAUGACUCACAAGUCUCAAGAGGUGCAAGUCGUCAGUAGAAGCAGCACACUGGCUGAUAUGCUAGCGUUCCCUGGUAAGAGAAUGAAGGGUACAAGUUCUGACAGCAUGACUACUGGGGAUAAGUUUGCUCGCAAUGGUGAACCUUCUGGGUGGGUUGAACCACUGGGUAUCAGCAGUAAAGAUGGUUGGAAGGAUGGAUAUAUUGGAAGUUUGUCGAGAUCAAAAUCUCUUCCUACUUCAUCUACCGCCUUUGGAAAUCCUAGAUCAUUCUCGUGCGCCGAAGCACUUCGCAAUGAUCGAUAUAUGGUGCCAAAGGAAUCCCUUAAAAGGGAGAAGAGAAGAGCCACAAAGAGUCUUGAUCAUAGGCAUGGAACGUAUACCGGAAGCACAAAAUCUGGUCACAAGAAGUCUUGGUCUUUGCUUUCAUUGAAGCAGGAAAAUAAUGAGUUUUCUCUGGAUGUAAAUGCUGUUCAAAAUAGCAUAGAGAUGAAUCUUUGGGAAGAUUCUCAAAAUGUAGAGGUUCUGGCCCCCGAAUGCUUUGAUGAGGCCCUCAGAGAUACAAGUUCUGUUAGUGAUGAUGUUGCUGAUGUCGCAAAUAAAAACACAGUUGGGCCUUCUGAAACUUCUUUGGAUAAGGUGCUUCCCGGAUCAUCGUCGAUAAAAGGUGACAGUAGUGUUGUUGACAAAGACAAUUCAAUGCAAGAGGACCUAUCAGCUGGUGGUGGAAUUUCCGUCCCAUCUGAAGCACCUGUACCUGAAUCUCCAUGCAGUAAAGAUGCUGAUCAGCCCAGUCCAAUCUCAGUUCUAGAUCCUUCUUUUACUGAUGAUCUGUCUUCUUGUUCGGAAUGUUUUGGAAGUGUCAGUGCUGACCUACAAGGGCUUCGAAUGCAACUCCAGUUGCUGAAGUUGGAAUCUGAAGAACAAGUGGAGGGACCUAUGCUAGUUUCAAGUGAUGAAGAUAGUGGGGAAACAUCUGCUGGAAUGUUAGCAGGCAAUGGAUUAUGCAGAACUGAAGAUAGCUGGGAGUCUUCUUACAUUAUUGAUGUGUUGUCUGAAUCUGCUAUUGUUGAAACUCAACCUGACACUAUUUUGGAAGUUUGGCAUUCUCUAGAACGUCCUGUGAGUCUUUCUGUGUUUGAAGAACUUGAAGAGAGGUACGGUGAUUGGACUACUUGUUCAAGGUCUGAAAGGAGGUUGCUUUUUGACCGUAUAAAUUCAGGAAUUGUCAAGCUUCACGAGCAAUCUGCUGAUGCACAACCAUGGGUCGGCAACACAACCAUAAAUUUUGGAUCAAAAAGGGUUAAUAAUGGGCUUCAAGAUGGUCUUUUCCGGAUGCUAGGGAACCGAGGAAAGGUAGAGGAUGAUGCGUUGGGUAAGGUGCUGAUUGGGGAGUCUCAAUGGUUAGACUUGAGAAAUGGUAUUGAUGUAAUUGGAAGAGAAGUUGAGAGAUUGAUUUUAGAUGAUUUAGUGACAGAAAUAGUCGGUAUCUAAAUUUUUGUAACCCGAGAGUAUAGUUGUCCUUAGGAUGUUUCCUGGUGAUGUAAAUCAAGUAGGGCAAUGUUAAUUUCAUCAGAAGAUGAAUAAAUGGAUAAUUUUUUUUUUGUUGACAAAAUGGAUGAUAAUCUGUUUACUCUGCAUUUAUGA